AUGUCCCAAAGGAGAAAGAGAAGCAGAAAGCUGGAAUCCCCAAAAAGGCUGAUGAAUCAAAGGGGAAAAGAAAAGGAAUGGCAGAAUGUUAUAAGGAAAGGAAACUCCAAAGCAUCCUUGAAAGAGAAUCAACAAGCAACUCAAGGAAACAGCAAGUCAAAUGAGUCAAGAGAAGGAGGGGAGGAUGUUAGUAACAAAUUUAACGCACUUCGUGGUAACUAUGUGGAGGCAGAGGCAAGCAUUGAGGUGGUGCAUUGUGAAGGCAAUCCCAGCUACGUCAAAGGCGCAGGGAAUAAUGAAAAUGAGGUUUUGAUCUCCUCGGUGUUGGUUGACGUGAGGGGUCAUGAUUUGGGGAUGGAGGCUGAGGAUCUACUAUUUGAAGAGGAUGCUGAUGUUAGCACUGAUAAAAGGAAGGAAAGUGCUAAGGGUGACUUUAUAACCCAUACCCAAGGGGAAGGGGAUAAGGAGGGGCUUCAUGAAGGUAAUCCGGCUUAUGGAGUUAGACCCAAGGCAAAGGAAGGCAUGAUGGGCAUGGAUUUCUUGAAAGCUUUAAAGGUGGAGAUAAGACGAGCUGGAACCAAGGAUCAUUUGGAUUAA